ACAACUUCCUGUUAAGACGCCCUUAGUGCAUUGCUGAAGGUGAGAGUGUUCCUGACAUCGCUCUGUCUGUCAAGCCUAGCGCAAGCUUGAAGACGCCAGGGCUGAACACACACAGGAAACUGUGACGACUGAUUAGAUAAAACAAAAGAAAGAGACUUAUGGUGUCUUAGAAGAGGCCUUUUACUCUCCAUUAUGGCAAACUUCCCUGGACCAAGGUUUUUACUCCUGGUCCUGGCAGGAUUAGCGUUAUGUCAGGGGCAACCUAACACGCAAACUACCAUGCAAAACUCAACCCAAUCUCCAGCAACCCCCACAAAUUCCAGUCAAGUUUCUUCAGGACAAUCCAGUGGAUCAGCUGAUCCAGAAACAGGCAAUACCACGUCAGGCUUACUCACAAUCACCUACUUGCUUCAACAAAAAACAGACACAAGUUCAAAAGGGACAGGCAAUACCACGUCAGGCUUACUCACAAACACCACGAAUCAAAACCAAACAGACACAAGUUCAAAAGGGCCAGAAACAGGCAAUACCACGUCAGGCUUACCCACAAGCACCAUGGGUCAAAACCAAACAGUCACAAGUUUGAAUAAAACAGAAACAGGCAAUACCACGUCAGGCUUACUCACAAGCACCAUGGGUCAAAACCAAACAGACACAAGUCCAAAAGGGCCAGAAACAGGCAAUACCACGUCAGGCUUACUCACAAACACCAUGGGUCAAAACCAAACAGUCACAAGUUUGAAUAAAACAGAAACAGGCAAUACCACGUCAGGCUUACCCACAAGCACCAUGGAUCAAAACCAAACAGUCACAAGUUUGAAUAAAACAGAAACAGGCAAUACCACGUCAGGCUUACUCACAAGCACCAUGGGUCAAAACCAAACAGACACAAGUCCAAAAGGGCCAGAAACAGGCAAUACCACGUCAGGCUUACUCACAAACACCAUGGGUCAAAACCAAACAGUCACAAGUUUGAAUAAAACAGAAACAGGCAAUACCACGUCAGGCUUACCCACAAGCACCAUGGGUCAAAACCAAACAGACACAAGUCCAAAAGGGCCAGAAACAGGCAAUACCACGUCAGGCUUACUCACAAACACCAUGGGUCAAAACCAAACAGUCACAAGUUUGAAUAAAACAGAAACAGGCAAUACCACGUCAGGCUUACUCACAAGCACCAUGGGUCAAAACCAAACAGUCACAAGUUUGAAUAAAACAGAAACAGGCAAUACCACAUCAGGCUUACCCACAAGCACCAUGGGUCAAAACCAAACAGUCACAAGUCCAAAAGGGCCAGAAACAGGCAAUACCCUGUCAGGCUUACCCACAAGCACCAUGGGUCAAAACCAAACAGUCACAAGUUUGAAUAAAACAGAAACAGACAAUAACACGUCAGGCUUACUCACAAUCACCACGGGUAAAAACCAAACAGACACAAGUUCAGAAGAGCCAGAAAAUGUAAACUCAAGCACCUCCUCACCCACCUCCUCCUCCACGAUCACAACCUCACCCACACUCACGUCCAGCACAACAACAGGCCCCAAGUGCACCUACAGCAUCUACCAGUCAAAUGAUUUAGUGAAAGUGGAAAUUACAGGCAACGUUACAGACGAUUACACCAUUACAUUGACAGACAAAGGCAAUCAAAAUACUACAAUACCCCUGGGGAGAAAGAGGAAAUACCAAAUAAAACAUAAAUCAUUAAAGCCUUGCCAAACUUAUACUGUCAGUUUAACUCCUUCCUGUAACCCCAAUGGAAACACCACUUUUAAAACUAGAGAAUUAGUUGACUCAGAUGUAGACAUCACAUUGACUGAACAAGUGUGUUUUGAUACUAUAUGGAAUUUGGCAUCUGGAAAUUGUAUUCAAAUCACUAUGGAGAACGCCUGCAAAAGCAAUGAACUGAAAUUUGAAGACAACUCCUGCAGCAAAUCUGUAUCUUUCACAUUUCCUCCAGUAAAGCCUACUUUUGAUUAUAUACAUGCACUCCCCACGAAAUUUACUUGGACCAAUCGGCCUACACAGUGUGCAAACAACCUCACAUACAGCUGCACUGGGGUGACAGACCUAAACAGUUUGAAACCUUUUCAAAAUUAUAAUUGCACUGGGACAUAUCAUUUUGAAAAUGGAAUUAUUACAAGUGACUCCAAAACAGUUAGGAUUGAAUGUGAUAUGAAAAAUGGCUCUGUUGACAACAUAACUAAUUCCAAUAUCAGAGCAAGCUGGGACUUUACCAGCAAACACUGCCCCAACAUUAGCAAUAAUAUCACUUUGAAUGCGACCUGCACUAAUCACACAGCCAAAUCAGUGCACUGUUCGAGGGACUCCUGUGAUAUUGUAAAUUUGGAACCCUAUACUACAUAUGAAUGCACUUUAAAAGCAAGUUAUGGAAAUAACAAUUUCCGCAAUUUUUCCUUUACUAAUAAGACCAUAUCUUCAAAGCCCACUGUAAAAGAACAAAUGAAAGUCACAGAACUCAAACAUAAUUCUUUCCAAAUCAAUUGUGAAAUUAUCAAAUGGAAUGGGGAGAAGGGGGAUUUCACAGCAAUACUCGAAGGUGUUCCGUUAUCUGAGCAAACAAAAAAAGUUUGUGAAUUUGUUUUUAAAGACCUCAACUAUUUAACAGCAUAUAAAGUCAAGGUCACUGCCAAGAAUAAUAAUGGGAAUAUAUCUGAACCCUCCUAUAAUAAGUUUACCACUAAAUACAAUGACAAAGCUGUUCUUGGAUUCCUGAGCUUUCUCAUUAUUGUCACAUCUAUUGCGCUCCUGUUCGUCCUGUACAAAAUCUACCUUUUAAAGAGGGAAAAGUCAAGCAGGAAUGAGCAAGAGCUGGAUGACCUUCUUCCAACAAAUGCGCUACUUCAAGUGGAACCCAUGACUGCUGAAGAUCUGCUUGAUGCAUACAAGAAGAAGAGGGCUGAUGAGGGACGUCUGUUCAUGGAUGAAUUUCAGAGUGUUCCACGCAUUUUCUCCAAUUUCUCAGUCAGAGAGGCCAAAAAACCAGAAAAUCAAACAAAGAAUCGCUAUGUUGACAUUCUUCCCUAUGACUAUAACCGCGUCUCUCUCUCUCACGGAGGAACUGAGGACUACAUCAACGCCAGCUUUAUUGAGGGUUACAAGGAAUCCAACAAAUACAUUGCAGCCCAAGGCCCCAAGGAAGAGACAGUGGGAGAUUUCUGGACAAUGAUCUGGGAACAAAAGACUUCGAUUAUCGUCAUGGUAACCCGUUGUGAAGAAGGAAACAAGAACAAAUGUGCUCAAUACUGGCCAUCACUGGAGAGAGAAACAGAGAUUUUUGAUGAUUUGGUUGUGAAAAUCAAGGGGGAGGAGAAAUGCCCCGAUUACAUAAUUCGCCACCUGACCCUGAUGAAUCGUAAAGAGAAGUCAGCGGAACGUGAAGUCACUCACAUCCAGUUCACCAGCUGGCCUGACCAUGGCGUCCCGUCUGAUCCCGGCCUGCUCCUUAAACUACGCCGCAGAGUCAACUCCUUCAAAAACUUCUUCAGUGGUCCUAUUGUCAUUCACUGCAGUGCUGGAGUUGGACGCACAGGGACCUACAUCUGUAUCGAUGCCAUGAUUGAGAGUCUGGAGGCAGAAGGACGUGUGGACAUUUAUGGAUAUGUGGUCAAACUUCGCCGUCAAAGAUGCCUCAUGGUCCAAGUGGAGGCCCAGUAUGUGCUCAUUCACACGGCCCUGAUCGAGUACAGUCAAUUUGGUGAGACAGAAAUGGCGCUCUCGAAUUUCCACUCGGAGGUGAACACACUCAGACAGAAGGAGGGAAAUGAUCCAUCUUUUAUGGAGCUGGAGUUUCAGAAACUUCCAAAAUUCAAAAACUACAGAACAUCCAACACGGCACGCACCGAGGAGAACAAGAAAAAGAACCGCUCCUCUAUAGUGCCAUAUGACUUCAACAGAGUCCCAAUUAAAGUGAAUGAUGAAGUUAGUCAUGACAGUGAGGCUGAGGAUGAAGAGGAAUAUUCCUCAGAUGAAGAAGAUGAAGUCCCUACCAAAUACAUCAAUGCCUCCUAUGUGGAUGGAUACUGGUUGCCAAGUAGCUUCAUUGUCGCACAGGGACCCACGGACGGCACAGUUGCUGACUUUCUACACAUGCUGUUCCAGAAACAAGUUAAAACUGUGUUCAUGCUCUCAGAUUGCACUGAGAAUGACAAGGAAUUCUGCAGCCAGUAUUGGGAUGAUGAGAAGAAAACAUUUGGGGAGAUAGUAGUGGAGGUCAAAGAGACUGAAAACACCCCUACAUACAUCAGACGGUGCCUAGAAAUACAGCACACCAAGAGGAAAGACAGCCACACAUUGCAGCAGUACCACUUCCAGAAAUGGGCGGGUCAGGAGCUUCCAUCCAACCCUCUUGACUUAGUUGACAUGAUGCGGAGUGUCAGACAGAGCAGUGAUAACAUCAACAAACACAAGAAUUUGCCCAUUCUGGCACACUGCAAUGAUGGCUCCUCACGUUCUGGAAUAUUCUGCGCCUUGUGGAAGCUUCUGGACAGUGCAGACACAGAGAAACUGGUGGACAUCUUCCAGGUGGCCAAGGACCUGCGCAAGGCUCGCAUGGGCAUGUUCAACACCUUUGAGCAGUACAAGUUCCUGUAUGCUGCCCUGGAGGCGGCGUACCCGGUGCAGAACGGUGAGGUGAAGAAGCCCAGGGAAGCCCCUACUGACACUGUGCAGGUUAUUAACGAAUCCACAGCACUGAUCAUGCCCAGUACAGGCUCUGCCACUGAAAAGGGCACCGAGAGCAAGGAAGGUACUGACUCAGUAUCACCUGAAGAGGGAGCCACUGAGGCCAGCAAGGAGCCAGAGAAAGUCCUCAGUGAAAGCACCCCUAAUGGUCCCACUGCUACUGAAGAGGCUGAAAGUGUUUAACCAUAAUUUCUUAUAGUGGCUUUUCUGAAGCUUUUUAUUUGCAAAAAAAAAAGAAAAAAAGAAAAAAAAAGAAAAUGUAUUUAAGACUUAUUUCCAUCCCUGUAAAAACAUUCUAAUGGAUAUUUGAAUUUUAGAGAUUUGUUACUGUAUUUAAAUACAGUAUUAAUUUAAUUAACAAAGAGAAAAAAUCUUCUUAAUACUGAAUCUAUGAGAAACAACAACCCUUGGAAAGGACCAGUUCAGUGCAUUUAGUCCAAAAUUUCUUUAAGGCUGUAUUUAAAUCCAACAUACUGUUUUGUUAUGAAUCUAUUUUUGAGAAUUUGCUUUUAUCCUGUCUUUUUUUGUCUUUAAACUGCAUGCGUGAAUGUAAUGUAAAUGGAAAGUUUGCUAAUGUUCACUGUAUAUCUAUAUAUAUCUAGAGAUAUUUUGUUAACAAUCUAAGUUAUAAAGUGACGAAUGUAAAGUUAUGUUAUGCAAAGAUUACUUUGCACUACAAUUUUGUCUUCAAACUAUCUGAUUGGUAUAAUUUCCAUUCAUUUUUAAUGUGCUAUAUAUGUAUGGCUGAUGUUUUUUUUAAUUGGAAAUAAUUUGAAUAAAGGAUUGAAAUAUG